GUCCACUUCGCAGACAAGCGUGUGGAGGCCUGACCCCACCCGGCCCGGCUCCAGCCUCCCCGCGCGGACUUCCUGCCUGGGCCCAGGCCCAAGCCCAGGCCCACCCCCUUCCUGCCCCUGCAGUCGGCUCCCUCCGUCGGCUAGCGGCUAGCGGGACCCUUCGGUGCACACACGCCACAUCGAGCUCCGAGUUCCGAGGCAGGGCUGUCCUGAGCCCCCAGCUGAACUGAAUGGGGAGAUGGGACAACACCUGAUAUUUCUGGCCUGGAGGAUCUACAUCCUGAGCACUGGGAUCCCCGGGACAUCUUCUGGCUUCCCAGGCCCAUGCUGGCAUCACUGGUGUGUUCUCUGGGCUGCUGGCUGCACUGUUCAGUUGCUGUGUGCCCUACUUCAGGCCUCUGCAAUGCUGCCACUUCUGCGUCUCCUCCUCCUGGCCUUAGGCCUGGGUCUGACCCAACCGCUCAACUCCAAUGAUCCCAAUGUCUGUACCUUUUGGGAAAGCUUCACCACCACCACGAAGGAGUCCCACUUACGCCCCUUCAGCCUGCUGCCCACGGAGUCCUGUGACAGGCCCUGGGAGGACCCCCACACCUGUCCUCAGCCCACGGUUGUCUAUCGGACUGUGUACCGUCAGGUGGUGAAGACGGACUCCCGCCCACGCCUGCAGUGCUGUGGGGGUUACUAUGAGAGCAGUGGAGCCUGUGUUCCACUCUGUGCCCAGGAGUGUGUCCACGGUCGUUGUGUGGCUCCUAACAGGUGCCAGUGCGCACCAGGCUGGCGGGGUGACGACUGCUCCAGCGAGUGUGCCCCAGGGGUGUGGGGACCACGGUGUGACAAGCUCUGCCACUGUGGCAACAGUACUUCCUGUGAUCCCAAGAGUGGGGCAUGCUUCUGCCCCUCUGGCCUACAGCCCCCCAACUGCCUUCAGCCUUGCCCUCCUGGCCACUAUGGUCCUGCCUGCCAGUUCGGUUGCCAUUGCCAUGGGGCUUCCUGUGAUGCCCAGAAUGGAGCCUGCUUCUGUCCCCCAGGGAGAACAGGACCCAGCUGUAAUGUGCCCUGUUCACAGGGCACUGCUGGCUUCUGCCCCAGAACCAACCCUUGCCAAAAUGGAGGUGUUUUCCAGGUCCCUCAAGGCUACUGCAGCUGUCCACCGGGCUGGAUGGGUGUCAUCUGUUCCCUACCCUGCCCGGAUGGUUUCCAUGGACCCAACUGUACUCAUGAAUGUCGCUGCCAUAACGGUGGCCUCUGUGACCGGUUUACUGGGCAGUGCCACUGUGCUCCUGGCUAUAUUGGAGAUCGGUGCCAUGAAGAGUGCCCCGUGGGCCGCUUUGGGCAAGACUGUGCUGAGACCUGCGACUGCGCUCCUGGUGCCCGCUGCUUUCCUGCCAAUGGCGCUUGUCUGUGUGAACAUGGCUUCACAGGCGACCGCUGCACUGAGCGCCUCUGUCCAGAUGGCCUCUAUGGUCUCAGCUGCCAGGAGCCCUGCACUUGCGACCCAGAACACAGUCUGAGCUGCCACCCUAUGCAUGGCGAGUGCGCUUGCCAGCCAGGCUGGGCGGGCCUACACUGCAACGAGAGCUGCCCACAGGACACACACGGGCCAGGCUGCCAGGAGCACUGCCUUUGUCUGCACGGUGGUGUCUGCCUUGCAGACAGCGGCCUCUGCCGGUGUGCACCAGGCUACACGGGACCUCACUGUGCUAACCUAUGUCCACCGGACACUUAUGGGAUCAACUGCUCUUCCCGCUGCUCCUGUGAAAAUGCCAUCGCCUGCUCCCCCAUCGAUGGCACAUGCAUUUGCAAGGAAGGUUGGCAGCGCGGUAACUGCUCUGUGCCCUGUCCUCCUGGCACCUGGGGUUUCAGCUGCAAUACCAGUUGUCAGUGUGCCCACGAAGGAGUCUGCAGCCCCCAGACGGGAGCUUGUACUUGUACUCCUGGGUGGCACGGAACUCACUGCCAGUUUCCCUGCCCGAAAGGGCAGUUCGGUGACAGCUGUGCCAGUGUGUGUGACUGUGACCACUCUGAUGGCUGUGACCCUGUUCAUGGACGCUGCCGAUGUCAGGCUGGCUGGAUGGGCACACGCUGCCACCUGCCUUGCCCAGAGGGCUUUUGGGGAGCCAACUGCAGCAAUACUUGCACCUGCAAAAAUGGGGGUACUUGUGUUCCUGAGAAUGGCAACUGUGUGUGUGCGCCAGGGUUCCGAGGCCCCUCCUGCCAGAGGCCCUGCCAGCCUGGUCGCUACGGCAAACGCUGUGUGCCUUGCAAGUGCAACAACCAUUCUUCCUGCCACCCUUCGGAUGGGACCUGCUACUGCCUGGCAGGCUGGACAGGCUCUGACUGCUCUGAAUCAUGUCCCCCAGGCCAUUGGGGACUCAAAUGCUCCCAACCCUGUCAGUGUCAUCAUGGUGGAACCUGCCACCCCCAGGAUGGGAGCUGUGCCUGCACUCCAGGCUGGACUGGACCCUACUGCUUGGAAGGCUGCCCACCAGGAGUAUUUGGUGUCAACUGCUCCCAGCGAUGCCAGUGUAGUCCUGGAGAGAGGUGCCACCCGGAGACCGGGGCCUGUGUCUGUCCCCCAGGACGCAGUGGUGCACCCUGCAAGGUUGGAAGCCAGGAGUCCUCCACCAUAAUGCCCACCUCUCCCGUGACCCAUAACUCACUGGGUGCAGUGAUUGGCAUUGCAGUGCUGGGGACCCUUGUGGUGGCCCUGGUAGCACUGUUCAUUGGUUACCGCCAUUGGCAAAAGGGAAAGGAACAUGAGCACUUGGCAGUGGCUUACAGCUCUGGGCGGCUGGAUGGUUCAGAUUACGUCAUGCCAGAUGUCUCUCCGAGCUACAGUCACUACUACUCCAACCCUAGCUACCACACACUGUCCCAGUGUUCUCCUAGCUCCCCACCCCCUAACAAGGUUCCAGGCAGUCAGCUCUUUGCCAGCUCCCAGGCAUCUGAGCGAGCAGGCAGAACCCAUGGACGUGAUAACCAUGCUACACUGCCCGCUGACUGGAAGCACCGACGAGAGCCCCAUGAUAGAGGCUCCGGUCACCUGGACCGAAGCUAUAGCUGUAGCUAUAGCCACAGGAACGGCCCAGGACUAUUUUGUCCUAAAGGUCCCACCUUGGAAGAGGGACUGGGGGCAAGCGUUAUGUCCCUGAGCAGUGAGAACCCCUAUGCUACCAUCAGAGAUUUGCCUGGCCUGCCUGGGGAACCUCGAGAAAGCAGCUAUGUGGAGAUGAAAGGCCCCCCAUCAGUGUCUCCUCCCAGGCAGCCCCUUCAUCUCCGGGACCGCCAGCAGCGGCAACAGCAGCCACAGAGAGACAGUGGCACCUAUGAGCAGCCCAGCCUCUUGAGCCAUAAUGAAGAGUCUGUGGGCUCCAUGCCCCCUCUUCCUCCAGGCCUGCCUCCUGGCCACUAUGACUCACCCAAGAACAGCCACAUCCCUGGACACUAUGACUUGCCUCCGGUACGGCAUCCUCCAUCACCCCCACCUCGGCGCCAGGACCGCUGAAGAGUCAGCACUGCAUGGGACAGUGCCUGUAUACCCUACCAGGAGAGGGACUGGGCCGGCAGGCCACUAACAAGCACAUUUGAUGAAGUGAGCAGAGAGACUGAUGUCAGCCUUCAGCUUCCACCAAGGGAGACACAAAUUGACAAACUGUCUAACUCCCUUUUCCCUUCCUACAGUUCCUUGAAUCCCCAAGGCGCUGUGGACAUCAUUUGUGGGCUGAAUGUUGUUGUAUAUCGUCUGGUUUCAGACUGAUUUCAAAAAUAUGUGUUGGGUACCUUUUCUGUAUAUAUACCAGGCAGGACUGUGUCUGCGUCUGGUUGGCUUCAGACAGUGCCAGGCACAGUUCUGCCUUCUGUGCUUCCCGGAUAGCCAGACUUCAAUCUUAACCGGCUCCAACAGCAGACCCUCACUGCCUGCUCACCCUUUACUUGGUAAUCCUCUGUUUUUGCUCAGAGGACGGCGCCCUGCCUGUGGUGUGUAUCUUCCUGGUACUUCUUGGGCUACACACAAACUUUCUGUGCCUCAAUGGCCCUGCAGCCUACCUCUUUUUGUCUGCUUUCUCUCUUCUGGAGUAAAGGCUACCUGGUAUCCUUCUUCCUCCCCCAGGGACUGGCACAUCUGAGUUCAGCCUAGGUCCUGUGUUAUCUGUUGACUCUUAUCUUUCACAUACCCCACAGAGAGCCGGCCCCACCCCCUUCUCUCUUCAUAGCUACGGCUGCUUCUUCAUGCACCUGUAAAAGGCAAGAAUGGUGCCAGGCAGGGCUUGGGCUUGUUUUGUUUAUGAAACACUGUCUCACUGUGUAAGCCUGGCUGUCCUGGAACUCACUACGUAGAUUAGGUUGGCCUUGAACUCAGAGGUCUGUCUGCCUGUGCCUCUUAAAUGCUGUGUUUAAAGGUGUGUGUCACAUUUACAGGAGGUGGGGGCGGGGCUCAGACUGCACUCAGAUGUGAUGGUCACGUUACUAGAUUAGCCUCUGCCUCCCCCUAGUGGCAGGAGUACUGUUACUAGAUUAGCCUCUGCCUCCCCCUAGUGGCAGUACUGUUUAUGCUCACUACUGUUUUUCCUUGGCGCACGGUAGUCAAUAAAUGUUCCUUUAAAAGCUUA